AUGUCAGCACCCGACAUGUUCGAAGUCGAAGAUCUUGGACCUUCUCAGCGUGAGCCACUUCCACGCCAAUCAAUAGGCUCCAGACGGCCCUCUUCUAUCAAUCAUCCUGAUUCCAGAUCGCAAAACUCCGAAGAACAUCGGCCUCUUGCAGCUGGUAGAGAUAAUGAACCGAGCGACGGAUCGGUGGAAACUUCUGAGAAUGAGUACCAGCUCGAGGAUCUGUCGGAGCCACCAACUGCGAAGGGUAUUAUACUACGCAAGACAGUACCUCCACCAGGGACGUCUAACACAAAAGACACAACUGGCCAAAAGAAGGACCGAGAAAACGUCUUCUGGAUCUGGAAAGAAGAGCUCCUUUUGCUUGUGGUUGCCGCAGGAUUCUUUGCUGGUAUCUGUCGAAUUCUCUACAUAUACGAUGAAAAGGAACUGCCACACUGGGACGACUUGGGCAUCACACUCAACACACUUAUCUCAAUCAUCGCAACCAUAUUCCGGGCAUCACUGGCAAUAAUCACAUUCGAGAUCCUUGCUCAGCUCAAAUGGGACUGGAUUUCUAGUGGAAGUUUUCGUCCUAUGCAACAGGUUCAAGUGUUUGAUAGUGCUUCUCGAGGCAUUCUCGGAUGCCUUCGCCUAAUUCCGAUCAUAGCAAUUCAACAUCCCUUAGCGCUGGCUGCUAUCUUCGUUACUGUCUCCUCCAUUGGUAUCGGCUCUUUCACACAGCAGUCUAUUCAGACAUUUCAAUGUCGUUUACCAAUCCAGUCGCUAGAUUAUCCCGCGACAAUAACUACAGUGAAUUAUGCCGAGUUCUCCGACUCUUGGGCGGGUGGCAUAUAUUACGAAACUGGCCUGGACAUGAAGCUAAAGCUUGCAAUGAAGGAUGCGAUAUUGUCUUCGCGCGAAUACAGCUCGCUAUUUAGCUGCCCAUCGGGAAACUGCACGUUCCCUACGUACUCCAAUGGUGGAGGGUAUUCACGAUCUAACCAAACGUCGCACGCAAGCGUUGGUUUUUGCAGCCGGUGCUCUGACAUAAAGAAACUCGUUCGGGGUCCAGAGCCACUAAAUUCAAGUGCAAGUUCUCGGCCUCGCAAUCUUACAGUCGUCUAUUCACUACCAAAUGAUCUGACCGUAUAUAAACCUAAGCGAAUGGAAAUAAUUUACUGGCCGCGUCUUGGCGGCGAGGAUAAUCUGGUAUUGAAUACUCGAACGGAAACGAACAUAGACUGGGCACAUGAAGCACUUGACAACGAGUUCCUCAACCGAGCUCGAUGGGCCGCCGUGAACAUCACCAUACUUGGUGCUUCUAAAGACGGUUGCAAUGAUCACCAAAACGGUACUUUCACAUGCCAUGAAGGCUGCAAUGAGGAAACAGAAUCCGCCGACUCAUGUCGCUACUCGGACCAUCUGCACCAAUUUGAGCGUCCGAUCAAUCUCGCAGCUGCUGUCUGUACUCUGUAUCCAUGCAUCAAAUACUUUACCGCCGAAGUGGAGGAUGGUCAAAUACAUGAGAAAGUGGAAUGGGAUAUACCCCUCCGUCGGGAGCGACUCGACACACCUUCCUUCAGGCGACUCUGGCAAGGUAUAAUGCAACCAUGUCUAGUGAAUGGUACAGUCUACACAUCAGCAAAUGCAUCAUCCCCCCCUGGCAAGAUUCCCAAUCCUGCGCCAGUUCUUUUCCACAUUGACGAUUGGGUCACUGAGAACCCCAGGAGCGUGUCCGAGUUUGUGAACGUUACAGUUCCAGCUGAUUGCAUCGUCGAGCUCCCAACGUAUAUCUUGGAAUCACUACGUGACGAAAUAAGGGCCACUUAUAAUACCAACUGUACUAUGGGACAUCAACCGUGGGCUCGAGUGGAGUGUGUUCAACAUCAAAGCAGUGGCGAUUCCUCCGAAUCGCAUCUUGCAACCCUCAUGACCGACGGGACAACUUCCGUAUCCGCUAUAGACAAAGCCAUGGAUUCCAUAACUACAAGACUUACAAACGAGAUUCGGGAAGUCGGCACUGGUCCAUUUGGGAAUCCAAACCCGAAAGUAAAAGGAGUGGUAUGGGAGACGCGCGCAUGCGUCCACAUAGAAUGGUAUUGGCUCAUAUUUCCAGGCGCAUUGCUAAUCAUGUGUGCAAUUUUACUUGCCACGAUUAUGGUUAGGGAUGCGAAAAAGAAGCACGUGUGGAAGAGUUCGAUCCUUCCGUUCCUGUUGAAGGAUCAUCCUGGAAUACAGAGUUUGAGUAUAAAGGGUGUGGCAAAGGUUGCGGAUGGCUAUGAAGUCAAAAUGGAAACGAAGAAUACAGUUUAG